AUGUCUGCUCUUGAUCAAAGAACAAUUGAAUUACUAACUGAACAUUUCGGGUUUCCUCCAAUUUCCGUUAUAGAUGAUAUAUUCAAUGCUGUCAAUGAACUCAUGGCAAAAUGUGUCGAUGCCAUAUCAAACUAUUUAAUUCAAUCCUCCCUGAAAUUUAACCUAACCGAAUUUGAUAACAAUUUAAAAAACAAUUCAAAUAGCACCAACUCUUCUAAAAAUUUCAAAUCUCAAUUGAAAUCUCAAAUCCAAGAUGAAAUAGAUAUCGGUACCGCAAAAUUAGAAACCCUUCUAGAAUCUUCAAUAGAUAAAAGCUUUGAUAUCUUUGAAUUAUACACCUUAAGAAAUAUAUUCAAUAUCGAUUCAAACUUAAUCGACAAUAACUAUCUUAUUCUAAAUCAUCACAAAUCUCUUAAAUCAUUUAAUAAAAAGAAUAUAUCAAUAAAUAAAUCAGACUACUUAGAUUUAAUUGAAAAAAUUAAUAUCCUUGAAAAUCAUUUGCUAAUUCAAUUGAAAAUUAGAAAAAUCUUUUUAUCCUAUUUAUCAAGAGGUAAAAAAAUAUUAAAAUCUUUGAAAUUUUAUAAAAAUUUAAUCCUAUUCAACAAUAACAAUAAUGGAAAUCAUAACAAAACUAAUCUGAAAAAUUUAAGAUCUCUAUCUCCAUUAAUUGAUUCAAUAAUUUUCCUAAAAUCAGAAUCUAUAAAUUUUUAUAACCAAUUAAAUGAUUUAUCGAUCCAAUUUGAAAACAAUAAUAAUAACAUUGAAAACAAUUUAAUGUUGAAAAAUAAUCCACGAAACAUUUACAUAGACACUAAAUCGUUCAAAUUAUUACUAAAUUCAGAUAUUCUAAACAAUGAUCAUGAAAAAUUAAAGUUUGAAAGAAUUUUAAAUAACAUUCAAUUAGAAAAUGAAAAUAACUUAAAUAACAUUAAUAACUUGUUAAAUAAUUUAGCAUAA